AUGAGCCGAGUGUUGCGGAAGCGCUCGCGCCGACAGUUGAAAAGCUUGUGGGCUGUGCCGAAGCGUGCAACGUUCGUAGAGCGGACAUUCCAAAUCCAACAUCCUGACAUGGUGGUCCGCUGCAGCAAGUCUCCUGUUUCCUGCGCGGUCGGGUGGGGCGAGCAGCUUGAAAGGGGGGUGCUCGUGAAUCAGCACUCCACAACUCAUGAGGAAACAAAGGAGGCCCAGGCAGGCGACAUGAUCGCUGUUAUGGACGAACUGGACAAGCUGCACUUGGAGAUCAUGAUUGACCGCUGUGAGCGCGAGUUCAAGAUCGAGGCCAACAUUCGCAAGCUGCAGGCAAAGCGUGUGGUGUGGAGUUCGGGCCUCAACUUAUAUGAAAACCUGAAGAGAAGCAAAGCAAUCGCGAAGCGACGCGACACAUUGUACAGUAGUUAUCCCCAGUGUGCGGCCCGGCUGGACUCACCGGCGUGGCGCUUCAUGAGUGCUCGCCAGUCUGGGUGCGGCGCGGCUGCUCACAAAUCUAAUGUCUACGACGAAUUCAACAGACAUAUUGGUCCGGACGGACCGCCACCUUGCUUCCCAAGGCCGCCUGUAGAAUUUGGUGCACUGGAAGAGUGA